AAUUCCCGAGCUGGGCUGUUCGUAUGGCUGAGCGCCUGCCUUGCGGGCCGGCCGCAGACAGACGACCUUGCCAUGCUUGCGUAUCUGCAAAAUCGCUAUCACGCCGACAAUCAGACUCUAGUAGUGCAGUUGGUGCAUGCGAGCUUCGAUAUUUUGACCAACGCACUGCUGCAAGGGAAACCUCCUGCAACACGCGAGCUGCUGCGCUCGUUCAUCUGCAACAAGGUUCAGACAGUCCUAGCAGUGCUUGCACCCGUCAUGGGUCAAGUCGUCCUGGAUACAUGCCUUCAGACAGCCUUCCUCUCAAUCGUAAUCGAUCCUAUACCACCCAUCAGUACCGGAUCCUCGGAAGCUACAGAGAUCUUAAGGCGCACGCGGCUGGAGUUCCUCAGGGCUUGCAUUCUGCACGGUGUUGCAACAGAGGGUAUUGUAAGCUCAGUCUUGCAAGAGAACCCUCCGAGUCCGCCGAAAGCGGUGAAGUAUACCCGAGAUAGUCUUCUGGCCCAGUGUACGACAAACAUCAAUCGCCUUGACAGCCUCACGGGCGAGCUCGGCAACAUGCACGGUAACGCCGGGGCUAUUGCCAGUUGCGUGGUUCAGCUCAUUAACAACCUCUGUGCAAGCAAGGAUUCAAUGGGUCUCAAGACUGCUUGCAGCAUCUUGCUGAAGAGGGUGCAGUACAUGGAUGUGGUGAUGCAAUAUACUCAGCCGGCAGACUUCCUGUUACCUUUAUGCAUGGUUUUGAAGGACUGGACGCACGACCAAGACCAGGCGGAAUUUUUACCAGCAUACGAAGAGUUCGCAUCAAUCCUGCUGUUUAUUCUGGCUGUGGUCCAUCGUUACGACCUGACUAGCACCGAGAUUGGCAUGGCAGACACCGACUUCUUCGGCUUCCAGAUGCUGAAGAAUGUGCCGAGCAGCACAGCGUUGUCGGAAUUGAGUAGCGAGCAAAGUGCGCAGCUCACGAAGUGGCUAGAAGGUCUCUUUCCGGCGGAUGAGCAGGAUGAGACGGGGGGAAUCACGGACGAGGUGAUGCGGCAAUGUCCGCCCCAAGCCUUCUACAUGCUAGUGCCGACACUGUUUGAGCAAAGCAUACUGGCGUGUAAAGCUGGCCACCUGUCAAUCUCGACCUUCAAGGCCGGGCUGGAGCUGUUACUGGAACCUUUCUUAUUGCCGUCUCUUGUUGGUGGGCUCAAUUGGCUGGUGAGCCAUUCUUGGGAAGACCAUGAUGAUGCAGACGUACUGCUACAAGUGCUGGACAAGCUGCUCAAGCCUUCGAGCAGCUCUACUGAGACGCAAGCCAUGCAUAGACAGGUGCUGGUUAUUGUUGCAAAGCCAUUGAAGCAGUCAUUGGAACAGCUAGUACGCAAGAGACCAGACAAGUCCGGUGCCAGCAGCAUGGCCACUUUCCUCAACGCAUACGCCGACUCUAGUAUAUCGAAGUCAAGCACUCGUACUGAACUGGAGCAGUGGACGUCGCCGCAUUCGACAGACAUGGGCAGCAGCCUGCGAGCCUGCAUCCACAACCUGACCGAGUGGGGCAUUAGCGUCACUGCAAAUCCACCACCCAGAUACGCUGCCAAUAUGAUCAGCGCCGCAUGUCAGAUACUGGGGGCCUCAGAGGUCUUGCGACUCAUGGCGAAGCAUUUGAAGGAGACGCCGGGUCCGAAUGUUUCGGCUGCUCUUGACGUGUGCACGGCAAUGAUCUGCGCACCCGCGAUCGCUGCCCAGGACCUGCGCGAGCAGCUCACCUUACAAGCCGGGAACACCGAUGCUCUGUUGAGGCGCAACUUCGGCGAGGCUACAAUGCUAGUCCGGCUGCAUAGGUCGGUGGAAGCUCAGCUCGCCGUCCAACAAGUU